AUGAAAGGUCUGCUUACCUUCUUGACCCUGCAGAGUCUUACUACUGCAUACGUCAACUUCGAGGACUGGCUCCCUCCGACAACGGACGAUCUACGCUCACCUUGUCCGGCCCUCAACGCUCUUGCGAAUCACGGCCUUCUUCCCCGUGACGGCCGCAUGCUCACUGUGCCGCUACUUGUCGAAACAUUGGGCGUGGCGCUGAAUUUCUCAGCUGAGACGGCAACCGUGCGUGCCUUGGAUGGGAUCAAAACGACAUCGGAUCCCGCCAGUGGGGCCUUCACCCUCGGCGAUUUGAACAAGCAUGGUAUCAUUGAGCACGAUGGUAGCCUAUCAAGGAAGGACAAUUAUCUUGCUGGCGAAGCGCAAGUCUUCUGCCCAAGCAUAUUUGCGGAGACUUUGAGCUUCUUCAAAGGCGCUACUAAUGUCGGUUUCGAGGAAAUAGCUGCGGCGCGCUGGGGUCGCAUACAAGCCUCCAAAGCCGCAAACCCCCAGUUUGCGUACAAUACAACUGCACAACGCUCGUCAUAUUCCGAGUCUGCUGCGUACUUUCAGGUCCUGAAGGACCCUUCGACUAACAAGGCGUCGGUGGAGUGGAUCAAGAUUUUCUUUAGCGAGGAGCGUUUACCAUACAAAGAGGGAUGGCGCCCAACGAACCCCAUCGACGGGAAGUCUUUUCUCACAGACGUUUUGCAAAUUGCAAUGCACACCCCGGAGAGGGCGCCUGGAGUCAGUAACGCGACGUCCUGGGCAUCACAUAGCGAUGUGUAG